AUGGUUUCCGAGUGUGAACAGUAUCAGGUGGAUGUGUGUGGUCUCUGUGGGGGUGAUGGUACGUCCUGUGACGUGGUCAGAGGCACGUUUUCACGGCCUGUUCUCUCAGUGGGAUAUCACAAGAUUUUGGAAAUCCCUGCAGGAGCUCAGCGAAUCAGAGUCCAGGAGACGCCUAAAACCAGGAACUAUCUGGCUCUUAGGACACACACUGGGCAGUCAAUCAUAAACGGAAACUGGGUGAUUGACAGGCCUGGGAUUUUCCACGCUGCUGGAACUGAAUUUAAGUACCGACGACCCAAUGAAAUUCGCAGCCGGACAGGGGAAUCUAUCACUGCCCUUGGCCCGACUGAUCAGGAGUUGCAUCUCUUUGUGAUAUAUCAACAACCCAGUCCAACAGUACAUUAUGAAUAUAUCAUGUCUAGAGCCAUUGUCAUCAACUCACACACACACUCUGCUGUACUUCCACUAGCAGAGACUCAUGAAAAUGAAGUUCCAGAGAACGGAGCGAUUGAUAAUUCGGGGGGCGGGGCUUACCCCAACCAAGUGCCCUCUGAGCCAAUGACCUCUCAGCCCCUCCCACCAUACAGCUGGGUUCCCACCACAGCCACGCCCUGCAGUGUCACCUGUGGGACAGAAGAGGACUGCAACUCCCAGCCAUGCCCUGCAUUCUGGGAUGUGGGGGAGUGGUCUGAGUGCAGUAAGACCUGCGGUCCGGGGUUCCAGCACCGUCAGGUUUUAUGCCGUCAGACCCAAGGGCGCCAUGGCAACCACACAGUCACCGUGGCAAAGCAGCUUUGUGACCACACCGAGACACCAGAGACUACUGUCUCCUGUCAGCUUAAGAUCUGCAGUGAGUGGCAGAUUCGCUCCGCAUGGACUGAGUGUUCAGUUCCAUGCGGGGUGGGUCAGCGCAGUAGAGAGGUGGUGUGUGUGGAUAAUUUGGGGGAUGUGGUGGAGGAUGAGGAGUGUAACAUGGCACUGAAACCACAGCACCUCCAAAACUGUGAUAUGGGCACCUGCGCUACAAGCUGGUUUUACUCCCACUGGAGUCACAGGUGCUCUGCUGAUUGUGGAGUAGGGAGGCGCAGUAGGUCAGUGGUGUGUUUGAGGAGUCAGGGGAGCAGUCUUCCCCUGGAUGGCUGUGAUGAUGACAAACCUGAGGGGGAGACCAUGUGUGACCUGGGGCCCUGCACACAGCGCUUAGAGUGGUACACGGGACCAUGGGGACAGUGCUCCUCAGACUGUGGUAAUGGUACUCAGAGUCGGGGACUGGUGUGUGUGUUCCGUAAUGACAGCCAGUUUGACGUGACCUCUGAGUCUAACUGCUCCCAUUUGCCCCGCCCACCCACAACACAGACCUGUCAUGUGAAAAACUGUGGAGCGCAGUGGUACACCACAGACUGGAGCACUUGUUCACGUUCAUGUGAGGGCGGUUACCGGGUUCGAGAGGUGCGUUGCCUAGGAGAUGACCUUACCCCGAGUGAUGGCUGUGACCCUGAGGUGACCCCUGCAAGACGAGAGGAGUGUAACACACAUAUCUGUGAGCCAGAGAUUGAUGAAUCCUGUAAGGACCUGUACUAUAACUGUGUGGUGGUAGUACAGGCUCGGCUGUGUGUGUACCAGUACUAUCAGACUGCGUGCUGUGCGUCAUGUUCUCGUGCCACACGCAAAGACACACGUCCUGGACUCAGGUGA